AUGACUGCUUGGAUCGAAUCUGAAAAGGCUCAAAUUGAUUCGUUAAUCGGAUUUGCUGCUCAUGGUUGGAAGACUCCUGUUUUAAAGACCCCUGACACUGUUGGAUUAGCUUAUGAGGAUGUCUUCUUCCCAUCUUUGGAUGGCGUCUCAAUUGAAGGUUGGUUCAUCCCAGGUAAGUCCAACAGAUUGAUUAUUUGCAACCAUUUCUGGCCAGGUAACCGUUAUGGUUUUGCAGGUCAAUUAGAAGGGCUCCAAGGCUUUGGUGGCUUUGAAGUCAACUUCUUGAAUUACUACAAGCAACUCCAUGAUGCUGGUUACAAUAUUUUAACUUAUGAUUUUAGAAACCAUGGUCUUUCCGGUGAUGGUAACGGUAAGACAUUUGGUUUAGGUCUUUUUGAAUACCGUGAUGUUAUUGGUUCAAUCAAUUACGCCAAUUCUAGACCAGAUACCAAAAAGAUGGAUAAGGCUUUAAUGAGUAUCUGUCUUGGUUGUAACUCAACUAUCAUUGGUUAUAACAAGCAUCCAGAAAUUUUCAAGGAUAUUAAGUGUAUGCUUGGUUUACAACCAGUUUCUGCUAGACCAUUCCUUGGGAAGGUCAUUGAACACAUGGGUUUGAAGAAACCACUUCCAGAAAUUAUGGACUAUGUUGAUGAAAAACUUGUCUUGAACACUGGAUUCCACUUGGAUGAUCUUACCCCAGUCCCAUUCGGUCCAAAAUUUGACUUGCCAGCCAAGAUCUUCCAAUUGAAGACUGAUUUCCGUACUGACCCAAGUGAUGUUCAAGCUAUCUAUGACUCUUUGGGAUCUAAGGAUAAGGAACUUCACUGGUUUGACUUUUCUACUGAAAGAUUCACUGCCUACAACUACUUUGGUGAGCACCCAGAGCUUAUGCUUGAGUGGUUUGACAAGCACUUUUGA